AUGGCUUCGUUGCAGACAAUGUCGGCGUCGGCAUUUGGGUCACAUGGCCGGCGAAAUAAAGUUAGCAAGCCGCGGGCUAAGGGCGCCGUCGUCAAGCCCAUCCUCAAGAAGAUCCAGUCGCAGUCGCGAUCGCAGUCGGAGCAGAGCUCGUUGGACCUGGACAGAGGCUGGCACGGGCAGGGCGGCGAACAGCACUACCGAGGCAAUGGUGGUGGUUGGGGAACAGGUGCAGGUGCAGGUGCAGAGGGAGGGCUCUAUCAGGAGCAGCAGGCCAUCAGUGAGGCGGCGGUAGUAUCGUCGAGCAACAACAGAUCGGGACGGUAUAACCACUCGCGCUCCAUCAGCGGCACAAGCCACGUCUCCCACGUCUCCCACGUCUCGGUCGCAACAUCCAACAGCAGCAACGGUUUUGUGCACCCCUUCCAGCAGAUGCCACGAAACUCGACCCCGCCGUUAUCGCUGUCGUACGCGCCGUCGAUGACUUCCUUCGUCGACAGCCGCGACUACUCGCCCACCACAAUCACCGAAGACGACAACCAAUACAGUCACCGUCACCACCAGCAACCUACCUUGCCUAUGAGUAACUCCCAUUCAGCUUCGCACUCGCAACCGAGCUUGGGCCUCCGCCGCCCGUCACUGGCCAGCCAGCGCACCUCGUCCUUCAGCGACACUCGCACCGCCAACCCUCAUCCUCCACCUCCGCUGAGAAUCAACACCUCGCGCACUACUUCGUCCACCACCCCCGCGCAAUCCUCACGACUCGUCAAUGUCUCCAGUCGUUCCGACCUCUACCUCGACCGCACUUCCGACUCGCCCACAGCAUUGGUACCACCAUCGACCUCUGUAGCGCCCAUGUCUCCACUACGAACCUCGUUGGACGCAGGCGGCUUCCGAUUGCGAGCCAAAUCCGACCUCGACACUGCCACGCGCGCCGAACACCUCCGCGAAGCACGCCUCAAGUUUGAGCGAAAGGAACGCGCCAAAGAUGAGAAGUAUGCGCGCGAAGAGAUCAAGCGCCGCGAACGUGCCGACAACAAACGCGCACAAGAACAGGAGAGGCAUGCUGUGCUGGCGCGCAAGGAACAGCUAGCAGUCCAGGCCCGAGAAGAGGCUGCCGAGCUAGAGGAGGCCAUGCUGCGCAGGGGACACGACAGAAAGAUCAGCAUCGCCAGCAGCGGGCGUCCCAGCCUAGCCAUGUCCCGACCGAGCCUCUCCCACGUCCGAACUAGCACGUCGCGCAAGAGCACCAUGACGCCUCAGCUGGUCCAGUCGGAGAAGUUCGCCGCGAGCAACUACGACAGUACCGACCCGCUCAGUCCGCCUGCCUUUGGCGACGAGGCUGGAGGCGCCCAGGGAGUCGUCUUCCAGACCGCGAAGCGCAAGAACUCGGCCAAGAAGAAGACCCAGAGCACCUGGAACAUGUUCAUUCUGUGGUUGAGGACCAAACUGCUGCGGGUGGGCAAGCACUAG